AAAGGGGGUCGCUUCGAAUUACGACAAGGAAGUGAACGAUUCGGAGCGUCGGUUAAAUCACACCGAAAGGAAUCAAAUAAAGAUUAUCGAUUGUUGUAUUUCUGCAGGUUGCACUGGGAGUCGGGAGGGUGCAGUCGGCUCGGACUGACCCGGAAACCCGCUGAUAGCCUUCUUUUAGCUCCGGAACAGCGGAUUCAGCGAUGAACACGGACGUGGAAUUUCACAUCAGGCAAAAUUAUCCGUGGAACAAACUGCCAGCCAAUGUCAAGCAGAGUCUUGGAAACUCACAGAGGGAGUAUGACAAGCAGGUCUUGCUGUACAGCAUCCGAAACCAGCUGCGGUACCGCAAUAACCUGGUCAAGCAUGUGAAGAAGGACGAGCGGAGCUAUUACGAGGAGCUUCUGAAGUACAGCCGUGAGCACCUGAUGCUGUACCCGUACCAUCUCUCUGACAUCAUGGUCCGAGGGUUGCGGGUCACGCCCUUCUCCUACUACAUCAGCAUCAUGGAGGACAUUAUGAACAGUGAGAAGAGCUACGACUCUCUACCCAACUUCACUGCUGCUGACUGUUUGAGGCUUCUCGGCAUUGGGCGGAACCAGUACAUCGAUCUGAUGAAUCAGUGCAGGUCAUCUAAAAAAUUCUUCCGUAGAAAAUCAGCAAGGGAUCUUCUGCCAGCCAAACCAGUGGAGAUCUCAGUGGAGCCGUGGUGGGUAGCGCAAACCAGCUUCAUCACCGAGGACGACAUAAGGAUCUGUUCUUCGGCGGAGAAGAGGGCCAUUGAUAAGAUGAUUGAUUCCGGACCCCAGCUGGCUGGAUCAAUGGAGUACAAUGUGGUUCUCAGUCUGUAUAACAGGGGCUUUAUAUACCUUGAUGUGCCCAUAUCUGAUGACAGCUGUAUCUCAGUGCCACCUCUGGAGGGUUUCGUCAUGAACCGGGUCCAGGGCGAUUACUUCGAAACACUGCUGUAUAAAAUCUUUGUGUCCAUUGAUGAGCAGACCAAUGUGUCGGAGCUGGCGAACGUGCUUGAGAUUGACUUGGGCCUGGUAAAGAAUGCUGUGUCCAUGUACUGCCGACUUGGUUUUGCCAUCAAGAAAGGUCAAGUGAUCAGCCCUGAGCAGCUGCACCCGUCAUGGAAAAGCGCUCCCUCUGUCAACAGACUAAAGGGCACUAUGGACCCUCAGAAGAUGCUGCUGUCCUGGGAGGGAGGUAGUCCAGUAAUGGAGGCUGGUUCCUCCGCUACUGACACAGACACCACCAGUUUGGAGGACCAAGACACAGUGAGUGUGAGUAGUUUAAGCAUUCCUGCAGCCCCUACGAAGAGAAUCGCCUUCCUGUUUGAUUCCACCCUCACGGCCUUCCUCAUGAUGGGCAACCUUUCCCCUAAUUUAAAGAGCCAUGCAGUGACCAUGUUUGAGGUGGGGAAGCUGUCAGAUGAGACCUUGGACAGUUUUUUGAUGGAACUGGAGAAGGUGGAGAGCACUGCUGAAGGAGAAGCUCAGAGGUAUUUUGAUCAUGCACUUACCCUCAGGAACACAAUACUCUUUCUGCGCUACAACAAAGAGCUCACUCCUGAUCAGGGCCCCGACAUACCAAAUAUAGGGCUGCCUCUGGAUCUCCUCCGAUGCGAGAGUCUGCUGGGAUUGGAUCCUGCCACCUGCAGCCGGGUGCUCAACAAGAACUACAAGCUCCUGGUUUCCAUGGCCCCGCUAAGCAACGAGAUCCGGCCAAUCAGCAGCUGUACCCCUCAGCACAUUGGGCCAGCAAUCCCUGAGGUCAGCUCCAUUUGGUUUAAGUUGUAUUUGUACCAUGUGACUGGCCAGGGUCCUCCUUCUCUGCUGCUGUCAAAGGGCUCGAGACUACGGAAACUACCCGAUAUCUUCCAGGCCUAUGACCGGCUCCUCAUCACGUCCUGGGGUCAUGACCCUGGUGUUGUGCCAACGUCAAAUGUCCUGACCAUGCUGAACGAUGCCUUGACUCACUCUGCGGUGCUCAUCCAGGGUCAUGGCAUGCAUGGUCAUGGGGAAACGGUUCAUAUCCCAUUCCCUUUUGAUGAAGAGGACCUCAAAGGAGAAUUCUCCUAUUCCAACAUGUGUGCACACAAGGCCCUGAAGGUCCUGCGUGAAAAAGUGGAUCUGGAGCACCAGUGUGGCUACGUCACAAUGUUAAACUGCAACAACAGGAACCGCCGCAGGCCGAGUGAUGCAGACGCAGCUGGAGAGCCCGAGUUUGGUACAGGGUUUGAUGCCAAUGGAAGCAGCGAGUCUUUUGAGCUGGUUACUGAAGAGAACAACGGGGACGGCAGCACGAAGCAGGGAACAGAGGGGUCUUCCACUGAAGCUGAAUGGGUACCUUUGGAGCUGUGCUUUGGAAUGCCGCUCUUCAGUUCAGAGCUAAACCGUAAAGUUUGUCAGAGGAUCGUCUCACACAAACUCUGCAGCAAAGACAGUCUUCAGGAACUACUGCAUUCCAGUCGAAAGCUGUCCUUGAAAGUUCUGAGUUUUGUCCAGUCAUUCCAAGAUUGUAGCCAUUCCGGUGACCCGGACAGUGGGGUAUCGGGGCCUCUUUGCCAGCCGCCGGCUGAGUCUGGCGUCCCCCUCCCUGCCAUAAACCUCCUCUUUAAAGACGGGCAGCUGAAGGAAUGGAGCGGGCGAGCCCCGCCUUCUGUCCACCUCUCCACCAUACAAAGAGACCAGCCUACAUAAAACCACACCCUCCACCUCUACAAAAAAAGAAAGGAAAAAAAAAAGAAAAAAAAAUCUACACACUAAUCACCUUCCCACCCAGUCCUACUCAUCACGAUCGAUUCUCAAGAUAGCAGUGUUUCUAUCUUGGCUGUGUUUCGUUACAGCUGUGCUAAGUCAGUGAUCCGGACACGAUCGCACCCGUCAUCUUAUGACGCAUCAGCCGUCACUCUGAGUUGAGUUUAUUCCGAAUCGAAAUCCAAAAUAUUCUCACAUCAGUGUGACUUUGCGUGGAAAAGAGCUGGGCAAGCGCUGUGGUUGGAUGAAGUCACCCAGGUCUCUUGUAAUUUGUAAUAUGCCUGUCUGUACUGUCAUGUCAUGUGACCUGAUGCAUGAUGUCAUUGCACAAAACGGUUUGUGUUGGUGACUAUGAAAACGGGGUUCUUACUUUUGCACAGAUCUGCUGAUUUUCCUUUGAUUUUUUUUUUUUAAAUCAUUAACUCUUGCUUGUUAAUUGAGAGGUUUAGGUUUCAUCAUAACUUUUUCACUGACAUCAUUUUUGCAUAGGCAGAGCAUAAGAGGAAAAAUAUGCUUUCAGCUUUAUUCUUUACUGGUGUAUCACCAAAGAUUUUUUUUUGUUUUGCUAUUAUUCUGAUUUUGACAGUAAUUUUAGUGUUAUUUUGCAGCAUUAUACAGAAAUUGCUCGGUUCCCGGGAGACUGAAAUUAACUCUGUGCUUGUGUACUCAAUGGUGUGGGACCUAUUCAGUGGCCUGGUUAAGGAAUUACUCAUUUGAAUUGAGUUGACAGCUGUUUUGGAGUCCAGAGGCAACCAUCCAAAGCCUGGCUGUCAUACAAACCUGGAAGAUCAUUCUGUGUAAUAUUCUUACCAGUCUCUUUGGGUAUAAUAAUGUAGCAUUGCUACUGUGUUAAAUCAUGUAGCCAGUCGGGCUCCGUUUCCCUUUUUCUGCUCUAUAGUCAUGGUUAUUAACGACUGCCAUGAGAUCUUGGUGCAGCAUGAUGAGUGUUUAGAAACCAUUGUGUGUAUUGUGCAUUGUUUUUGUACCUACGUUCCCUUUCGCUGACCUCUUAUUUGCGCCCCAUGGGAACAACUUCUCCUCUGGAAACCGUCAACCUCGUCCAUUUCUCUGUUCCUAAUCCAUCUCAGUGUUCGAGAAGAACCUGUUAGUUUUAUAAUGUCGAUCUGCAUUUUAGGAACUCUUUGUUGUAGGGUGUUUGAUGGGACUGUGAAUAAUUUUCUUGUAAUUACAUGGGUCUAAAAGUGACAUUCCUUUUCACCCCACCCCACCCACACCACAAAGAUAUAUGGCAUACCAGUAUGUACAAAGUAUAUGAUAAAUCUGAAUAAAUAAAAAUGGUGCAACAGUGUUCCCGUAAAAACCCUUUUA